CCCUCGCUGUGCGUGUCGUGGCACGGUUGUGUACCCGCUCGGGGCCUGCCUACGUGCGCGAUCGUAGGCCGUGUCUGCGUGCAGUGAAUGUUCGCUCAGUGCGCUCGCGGUAGACGUAUACGCUGUCACCUACUCGCUCACUCGCUCGCCCUCCUGCUCUCCAUCUACUCGCUUGCUUACCCGUCCGAUUGCCCCUCCACACCUGCUCACCUGUCCGCCGGCUCGCCCACCUGCUCUGCGCGCGUGCGUCGGCCAUGUCUGUGUGCCGGGCAUCCGCCUGGCGCACUCGCGGUCGGCGUGCGCGUCGCGCUUCAUGUCGCCACGGCGACUGCGCCUGCCCAUUCUGUCUCUACGACUCCUUCGGCCAUGCACCCGCCAUCCGUUCGUCGGUCGUGUUUACGUGCUGGGCAUUUGCUCAGCCGCCUCACGGUCGGCGUGUGCCUCUCGCUAGCUUGCUCGUCCGCCCGCCGCCCAUUCGUCAGCCAUGCCUGCAUGCUUGCGAUCGUCAUGCGUCGGGCUGCACGUCGCCGCGUCGCCUGCAGUUAGCCCGCUCGCUCGCAUGUGUCUGCACUCACCGUGACGGUGGUCUUC